AUGCCACGAAGAAACAUUUCAAAUGGUGGAGUUUCAUUAACAAGCGGUAAUCUCAUUGCUAAAUUAGUUUUCAUAAUAUCCCAGUUGGUACAGGCCGUUAAGGCCAUACCUCUCGCUGUACGAUCGGGAGCCGUCAGCACAGCACUUAAUGCUUCAAAACACCAGGAAGUCCCUAUGACUAGGGAAGAGUUCUACAUCAACAUGUUCACUUCAGUAUUUCUCGUCUUGGCAGGUGGUGUCUUUGCCGGGUUAACCUUAGGGUUAAUGGGCCAAGAUGAAGUUUAUUUGAAAGUUAUCGCCACUAGUGGAGAACCUGACGAGCGUAAGCAUGCUAGAAAAGUGUUAAGAUUGAUCGGAAGAGGUAAGCACUGGGUCUUGGUUACCUUGUUGUUGUGCAAUGUUAUUACUAACGAAACCUUGCCUAUUGUCCUUGACAACUGCCUUGGUGGUGGUUGGCCCGCGGUCGUGGCUUCCACUGCCUCUAUCGUUGUCUUUGGGGAAAUCAUCCCUCAAUCCAUCUGUGUGAGAUAUGGGUUACAAGUUGGGUCCAUGUUUGCUCCAUUUGUUCUCGUGUUGAUGUAUGUUAUGUAUCCAAUCGCAUACCCAUGUUCCCUUUUGUUAGAUUACAUUUUAGGUGAAGACCAUGGUACCGUCUAUAAGAAAUCUGGAUUGAAGACUUUAGUUACUUUGCAUAGAACCAUGGGAUCCUUGGGCGAAAGAUUGAAUGACGAUGAGGUCACCAUUAUCAGUGCCGUUUUGGAUUUGAAGGAAAAGUCUGUUGCAGAUAUCAUGACUCCAAUAGAUAGAGUCUAUACUAUGAGUUCUGAUACCAUUUUGAAUGAGAAAACAGUCGAGGAAAUCUUCAACGCUGGGUUUUCCAGAAUCCCAAUUCACUUGCCAAACGAGCCUCUUAAUUUUAUUGGUAUGUUAUUAGUCAGGGUUUUAAUUAGUUAUGAUCCAGAAGACGCCUUACCUGUCUCCAGUUUCCCAUUGGCAACGUUACCGGAAACAAAUCAAGAAACUUCAUGUUUGAACAUUUUGAAUUAUUUCCAAGAAGGUAAGUCGCAUAUGAUCGUUGUAAGUGACCACCCUGGUGAGCCAUAUGGUGCAUUGGGUGUUUUAACUUUAGAAGAUGUUAUCGAGGAAUUGAUCGGUGAAGAAAUUGUAGAUGAACUGGAUGUAUACAUUGAUAUCAAUAACAACAUUAAGAGAACAGCACCGGGUCCAUUAUCCAAGAGAAAUAUUACUUCAUAUUUGCACAAUUUGUAUCAGAUUAGUGCCAGUAACUCCAAAAGAAAUUCACUUGAUGAGGGCACUAAAUUGAAAGAUGGGCCUACGAGUCCACUUCGUAACAAUGUUGUUGGCGCUAAUCUUGCGAAAGUAAUGAGUAACGAACGCCUGAUGAUUCCGCAAAGUCCUAAUUUUGGACCGGUUGACGCAAAGCAUUGGAAACCUAAGAAUCCAGCAUCUAACCCAUUGGAAACGAACAAAUCAUUUGUGAAAAUCAAGAAACCAACUACCUUUGAUAAUGUAAUGCCACCUCCAAACAGGCCAGCACCCGAUGGCAGCAAUGGAUAUGGAGCCAUCCACGCUACCGAAGCCGGAGCGCUUAGAGAAGCACAAGAGCUUCAUAAAUCCAAUGGCCAUGGACACCAUGGACCUGAUGAAUCAGCUACCCUGCAAAAAUUCCUUCAAAACGAUAAGAAGAAUUCGAAUGAGGCUAAUGGAUACCACGAUAACCUGAUUACCAUCCCACAUACGGACUACACUGAGUCAAGAUCUUAUAGAACUGGAGGAAUCAUUGAGUCAGUUGUUAACGUUCAAGGUGUCCAUAAGACAAUUAUUGAGAACGUCAGCGAAGAUGAAGAAGGAGGAGAAACUUUCAGCUUACUUUCGGGAUAUAGAAAGGAAAAUGACAGACUGCGUUAA